AUGGACGGGCAAGGGAACACAAAUAGUGACCAUGUUAAUGAAAUCAACAGAGAUGGUUUUACCUACUUCAAGAAGCAGAUAGUCAUCUUAUGGACUUCUAAAUCAAAGGCCGUUACAGUUCCUGUUUCACUGCACUCUCAUGCAUCCAAUGUUCCAACCCUCACUGGACCAAAUUUUUCGGAAUGGUCUGAGCAUAUUCAGUUCACACUGGGUGUAUUGGACCUUGAUAUGGCUUUACUUAUUGAAAAACCUGCGGAAAUUACUGAUGAAAGUUUCGAGGAUCAAGUGUUCAAUUUCAAUUCAUGGGAAAGGUCGAACAGGCUCAGUUUAAUGUUCAUGAAGAUGACCAUUGCGAAUAACAUCAAAACCUCCCUACCACAGAAUACUAAUGCACUAGAAUACUUAAAAGGUGUGGAAGACCGCUUUAAAUCUGCUGAUAAGUCACUCGCUGGCACAAUUAUGGCUGAAUUAACCACCAUGAAAUGUGAUGGUAGUCGUGGAGUUCAAGAGCACAUCUUGAACAUGUCUGACAAAGCUGCAAAGCUUGCAACCUUGGGAAUGAAAGUGAAUGAGUCCUUCCUUGUUCAGUUUAUACUCAACUCACUUCCAGCACAGUUUGGCCCAUUCAAAAUUCACUAUAACACCAAUAAAGACAAGUGGAGUUUGAAUGAACUAACUAACAUGUGUGUUUAG